AACUCUGAUAACGGUAUUUUGUGUGCUCCGCUCACCGUCGUCAGCUGCCGUGUCUGUGGGUCGACCGUCCGCGAAUUGCUGCAACGACGAUCGGCCGUACUGACGUUUCGUUUUUGUCCCGAUGCACCUGGUUGACCGUACGCUUAGUGUUUGUUUGUGGACAGCGGACGCGUCUGUCGCACGUGUACUGUGACAACGGAUUUUUGUUGCUUCGACGAAAUCGGCUGUGGCCCUGGCAGACGCCGUUGGAAAAUCAUCCGAAACGGUGCAAUUGAGAUGAUUCAGAAUUACAGAUUCAACAGCUAUCUGUAAUAUAAAAUAUCGUCAGUGUCUCUUCUUUUAACAAACAAACAUGAAAACAAAAAAACCCGUUUCAAAAAUUAGGGGCAAACAAAAAACUGAAAAAUCUAGCGCUCGACUUAGUUCCAAUGUAUUGAAGAGAAGUCGCACCACUAGAAGAGUUAAGACAGAACCUGUAGACAUCAUAUCGAUCAGUGACUCAGAAGACAAUGCUUCUAAUUUGUCGUCUUCAUCACAACAACUGGAAGGCAUUGUCAUUCCAACGAUUGACAACACUGUGCAGCCGUUCGAUUUGUCUGGCGAUUGGAAUUGGUACUCGGACGAUGACUUAGAGGAACUAACAGCCGACCUGAACACUGUUAUUGAGCACAAAGAGCAACCGAUAGGUGAUCUAAACAACAUGAGCGAACAAAAGGAGCAACAACAAACCACUAGCCUAAAUAGUAUGAUCGAAAGCAUGGAGUCUAAUCUUAUCAAUAUUUUAAAUAAGCGCCAAACUGUCGCUAUAAAUCUAGCCGAGAUUGGGGACGAACGUUUGUCGUGGGAUUCUGACACGGAAUAUAGUGAGGACGAUGGAGAUGAAAAUGCUCAGACCAAAUCAGGCAAGUUUGACAAGUCAAUUCUUAAAAUAUUGAAGUUGUAUGCUGAAUCGCCGUCGACUAGGCCAGCAACGGGACUGUCUCCAUGCAAUGUUGAGUAUGCUUCGUCUGUACAGGAAUCGUUAAACUUCAGAUGGCCAUUAAAUGAUAGGUUUUGGUCAUCAAAAAAGAAUACCACUACCGGAGGCAGGAGGCAAGAGAAUGGAGUCAACGACAAUUCUGACGAAUCCAACAGCAGCAGUGAAUGUUUUGCAUCGGACAGUAGAACUUUAAACAAUUAUUUUGAAGACUAUGAUCUAGACGCCUAUCGCAAAAGUAAUAGUGAUAGUGGACAUCGGCGUUCCAAUGGCAGUAACGUGACAGUCGACGAUAUACUAAUGAUAUCACCUAACGAAUGGGAUAAGGUGAUAACCGAAAAUGAUGCACGACCAUUGACUCCAUAUCCUUCUACUUCACUCUCUCAGUAUUCUUAUCCUUCUCCAUCAAGUUUAUGUCAUUCCUCUCCUACUCAUUUAACAAACCCAUCACCCUCUCCUACUCAUUUAACAAAUCCUUCUCUUACUCCUUCGAUUCCUAUUUCACUUUCUUCUAAUUGUAUUUCACCACCGUGCUCGCCCAACAAUGUUAUUGUGGUAAGCAAUCUUGAUGAAGAUUACGACUACAAUGGUGAUGACGACAAUGGUGAUGGCGACAAUGGUGAUGAUGACAAUGGUAAUGGCGACAAUGGUGAUGACGUCAAUGGUUACUACGAAAAUGGUGACGACGAUUAUGCUAGCGAUUUUAGCCUCGAGCCUACGGAGGUACAAAUUGAUUUCGAAAAAUUGUUUCCGGGCUAUUGUCUGGAACUAGUGAAUUCCAUGCAAGAUCUAUUCAAACAAAUGAAUCCGAAUGACAAUGUGCAUUUUGGUACCAAGAGCACUCUGAAAGUGAGAGACGUGUUGACAGUGUUCUCGCCUAAAGUAUGGUUUAAUGACGAGGCCAUCAAUCAUUAUCUGCGUUUGGUGCAGACCCGAUCCGGCGGCAGAGUAUAUUCUUUCGAUACUUUUUUCUAUAGCACAAUGAUAGCGAAAGGAGGAUUGAGAAGGGUGCUUCGAUGGACGCGUAACGUGGACAUAUUCAGCAUGGAGAAGGCGAUAGUGCCUAUACAUAACGACAACCAUUGGAGGCUGGUGUGCAUUGACUUUGAAGCUAAAACGGUCAGUUUGUACGAUAGCUUGGGAUUAUCAAGCGACACCCAGUGCGUUCUUGAUAUUUACUCUUAUCUUGAAGUCGAGCACACUGACAAAAAAAACAUCCCGUUCGACUGCGUGCAAUGGACUUUGCAAGCAGUUCAAUCUCCUGCCCAAACAAACAACUAUGACUGUGGCGUGUUCGUUUGCGUGAAUGCCGAACACAUCGCCAGAAACGCCCCUCUGGAUUACACACAAGAUGAUACUCUAGUUUUGAGACACCGUAUAGUCUACGAGUUGUUCAACAAUGAACUCGUACACUGAAAUUCAGUUCAAUCAACUCAACAAGAUGUUUUUUUAAAUUUAUAAAAAUAUAUUUCAUAUAUAUAUACCUAUAUUUAAUUUAAAUUCUUUUUUAUUAAGUGUUUUUAUUGAAUACAUUAAUGUUACAAGAUAUUUUUAGUUCUUACAUUAACUUUAUAGUUCUUUUCAUUUUUUUCAUUAGGCAUUUUUCUUCUAAUGAUAUUAAUGUUUUUAUAUACAAUUACACAUUAACAUCUAAAUUAUUUACAUUUAUUUUUUUGAGCACCUCCUAGGUGUAUAGAGUAAGUUUACAUUUGACUGUUCCGAUAAUUAAUAAUAAUAAAUAUAUAUUUUUUAAAGUAACUUAUGAGAAACCAAAUAUCUAAUUUAAACGUACAUUAAAAUAAAUUAUUAAUAUAAGCAAGUAACUUGUGUCAAUGGCAGACAAAACAAAUGUGGAUGACAGGUAAUUUUCUGAACUUUUUGGCUGCUCGACUUAUUCUAUGAGUACACUAAACAGACACUACCUCAAGUAAGUAGUCAGGCCAAGUCUAUUGUUGAGUAAGUAUAAUAAUAUAGUUUUAAUUUUAAGUGAUGCAUACUAUCCAGUUAAUCUAUUCAAAAAAAUAAUAUCAUAGUAAGUUUUCAUUAUGACUGCUCUAACCUAGGGUUGGCAAAUCGCUAAACACAUUUUAAUUAACUCCAAGUUACCAAUAACAAUUAUUUAAUUACAAAAUAUAAUUUACAGUUUUCUUUCUUUGUAUUGCAUUAUUGAUCAAAUACUUAUUUUAAAAACUAAAAGGUCGAGUAAUUAACAAAUUUUCAACAAAAAAAAUCCUUAAACUGGCUAGUACUGAUGAACAAAUACAUUUACUUAUAGACAAACUAUAAUUUGAUACUCAAAUAACACUCAAAAGGUUUAUUUUUGUAAUUUAAAAAUUAAAUUUUUUAAAUAAUACUAAGAGGACGCCCAUAUGUUUAUUUUUUAAAACAUACUGCCAACCCGAAAAAUAAUCAUAAAAUAAAGAUGUAAAAAGAGUUUAUUUUUAUAUUAGUGUCAUUAUAUUUUUUAUAUUAUAAUAAUUAUGAACAUCGUUAUAUAGAUACAACAAAUACUAACUUUUGGUUUUACAAUGACAAAUCUGUGAGUGUGGCGUCCUCUUAAUUAAACUCUCGUCACAAAUAGUUUUCUUGGAGAUUAACAUUUUGUUAACAAUCGAAAUGUAUUUAUUUGAUAAAUCUUUACUAUUGUGUUUACAAGUAAGUUAUACCACAUCUGAAUUGCGUCAAAUAUCACGAUCGACGACGGCAUUAAUUAAUAACUAAAUAAUAUAUAUAUAUCAUUACAACUCAUUACUACUCAUUUGGUAAGUUACCUAUGGCAAUGCAAAAUUUCAAUGAUUGCCCCUCUCUAAUUAGGGAUAAUAUCUUGCAGACGUUUUUUAGUCUUAAUCAUUAUACUAUACUCACAUAGUCUGUUAAAAAACAAUUGUGCAUUGCAUUCAUCAAGUGUAAAGUCUAUAUCAUUAAUAUUAUUUAAUAUCUUUACCUACUUAUUUUUCUGUGCUUUUAAACAUUCAUCAUUUUUUUAUCAUUCAUAUCGUUUCUCUUCUUUAUAGAUGUCUAUCCAAACCGUUUCAUAUUGGUUUUUCUAUUAAUUCCAUUUUCUAUUAAUUUUAUAUUUUCCUAACUUAUUACAAUAUCUUCUUCGCCUUAUCCCAUACAAAAGAGGACGACUAGCAGCCAAGUCCCCAUCGUUUGCAUUAUUCACUUCACACAAACACAUCCAUAAAUCACAUUUACCCACUUCUAACGACUAAACUACCUACGCCAUAUGCAAAUCUUUAUCUUUCGUGUACUUUUUAAUUUUAAUUUUGUAUAGCUUAUUUGUUGGUACAAAUAUGACAUAGCUCGGACAUCCUCUAAAUAUUCUAGAAUAAUAUAGAGUACCUAGGUCCUGAACAAAAUGUGCGAAAAAUCUAAAAGCAUAAUUUCAAAAAUAAUUAAAUAAGUAUGAAUUUCAAUAUUUUCUAUCCUACAUUAUUUGUGAACAUUUUAUUUUAAUAUUUAAAGUUGCCCAUAAAAUGCAUAAUAUCGUAAAAUAAUUAUAGUUAAUUUUCUUUUGUAUUUAGAGCCUUUAUGAACAAAAAAAGUUAAUACUUUUCAAAUAACAUUAAAACUUAUUGUAUACCAAAUAACUUAAACUAAGAGACUGAACAAUGUUGCCUUAAUGUUAUAUAUUGACUAUAAAAUUAAUAAAGGGCGUUUACUUUACGAGUUUACUUGUAGAUUUUGUGAUAAAUUAACGGUUAGUUAAAUUAUAUUUAUAUUAAGUUUUAGGUAAGUUGGCACCUAACUUAUGUCUAAAACUUUCAUUGUUGUUAUAAUCACACGAACAUGGCUAUGUUUAUUUGAUAAAUUAUCACUAUAUUUGUUUUUGCACGUGAUUGGACACUUAGUAAACAUUUUAAUCGUUAAGUAUUGUUUUUGUUUAAUAAAUUAUUGUGUUAUUUUUAUCUUUUAAAGUUUUUGAUAUUAUGUUAAUUGUUAUACUGUUAUUAUAAAAUGAAAAAAAGUUACCAUACCGUAUAAUUCAUUAUUU